AUGGACCAAAAUGUCAACGUUGGGUGCGUGCCAAAGAAGGCUCACAUCGACAUCAUUCGGGGCUACGGCAAGUUCACCGCCGACCCCGAGCCUACCGUCGAAGUGGAUGGGAAAAAGUACACGGCUCCUCACAUCCUUAUAGCCACGGGCGGGCGCCCGGCCGUCCCUCCCGACAGCGAAAUUCCCGGUGCCAGCCUGGGGAUGACCAGCGACGGCUUCUUUGAGCUGGAGGAGCUGCCCAGGGAAAUGCCGGUGGAGGGGGCUGCCAGGCGGUGCCUUCCCCUGCAGACCCUCGUCUGAUGACGCUGGCGGGUCCCUGCCCAGGUCCUGAGGACCUUCGACUCAGUGAUCAGCUCGAACUGCACCCAGGAGCUGGAGAACACCGGGGUGGAUGUCUGGAAGCACACGCAGGUCAAGACGGUCACAAAGUCCCCCUGCGGGCUGCUGGAUGUGACGGUGUCCUCCUCGGUGCCUGGCCGCAAGCCAACGGAGGGAGUGAUCCGGGACGUUGACUGCCUGCUGUGGGCCGUGGGGCGGGAGCCCAACACUGAGGAGCUGUGCCUGGACCAAGUGGAGGUGGGAUUGCACAUGCAAGGGCUGGGCUGCGACGAAAUGCUGCAGGGCUUUGCCGUGGCCAUCAAAAUGGGGGCUACCAAGGCCGACCUGGACAACACCGUCGCCAUUCACCCCACUUCUGCCGAAGAGCUGGUGACGCUGCGCUGAGGCGGUGGGCACGGGCAGCCCCGGGGACAGCAGCUGCAGCUGGGGAAAAUGUUUUAUAUGGCUUAAAAAAUGCCUUAACGUCGGGUGGUUGCCUGGAGAGCGUGUCUGUAAAAUCAGCAUGGAGUGGGAA